UGUAAAAAACAAUCUUCUUGUUGAAAUUGGUUGGUUAUACUUGGUCAAUAUUUCUUUAUUUCAUUAUAAAAAUAAAAAAUUGUCUGUCAUACUUGAAUAUAUAUAAUGGAUUUGGUACUAGUAGUUGUAGGUAACAAGAAUAACAAAUCAUCAAUAUUUGACUAACAAACAAUAUGGCAAAAGUGGAUCUGUCUAGGAUAUCUCUAAGACCAUUCAAGCUAACAGAUGUUGACGAUUUCUUGUUAUGGGCAGGGGACAAUGAAGUAACCAAAAACCUCAGAUGGAAAACAUGCAAUUCAAGGGAAGAAGCUCUAACAUUCAUCAGAGAUGUCUGUAUACCUCAUCAAUGGCGACGUUCGAUUUGUCUCGACGAUCGUUCAAUCGGUUUUGUUUCGGUGUAUUGAUGGUCGGGUGAUGAUAGUUGCAAAGCUGAUAUAGGUUAUGCUGUUGCUUCUAACUAUUGGGGACAAGGGAUAGCCACAAAAGCAAUCAAAAUUGCUUUGUCUCAAGUUUUUAAUGAUUUUUCUGAUUUGUUAAGGUUGCAAGCUUUUGCUUAUGUGGAGAACAAGGCUUCUCAAAGAGUUUUGGAAAAGGCUGGGUUCCUUAAAGAGGGUGUUCUUAGAAAGUAUACUUUUAUCAAAGGUACCGUUAAGGAUUUGGCUGUGUUUAGUUUUUUGUCAACAGAUGAAAUUAAUUUCUCUGAGGCUUUGAUUGACUAGUUGACCUCAAGUUACUUUUUAGUCAAUGGUAAAUCUUAGUGAGGAACCUUAAUUCUCAUCCGUUCUCGACUCCACGCAUACAUUUUAGUCAAAACUUGGUAAUCUUAUUUUGAAAAACUGUUACUAUUUGAAAUGUUCG